AUGUCAACAUACAGAAUGAAAACCAAGGAAGCCGCCAGAUCUUUGAAAAAGGUCGUAGAUUCAAUCGCUGUCAUUGAAUGUGAAAACAGCGCAGAAUCUGACGUAGCUAUUUUCUUAGAUUCUUCAGUAACAGUCCAACAGUACAGCGCAAGCAUUGACGCAGUUAUUCACAUCAUUGACGUCAUGAAGCGGUUUGGUGUCAAUGAUACACGUUUAAGCGUGUCAUCAUUUUCCGAUUCUAUAAAUAGUAUCAUAGGAAUGGGCGAGACAUAUAAUAAAGACGCCAUCAAGGGUAGGCUCAACAUGAUCCCCCAUUCAAAAGCUGUUCGGGUUCCAAUGAAUACGUUAUAUAAGCAUGCCAGAACGCAGAUUUUCAACAACAGCGUUUCAAGACAAAAUGCAAAGAAGUUCUUGAUAAUAUUUACAAACGGCACCGUGAAUGCCAACAACAAGAGCGACCUUGAAAGAGAGAAAUCGUUGUUAGAAGCUGAAGGUGUUAACAUUAUUGCAGUCGGCAGUGGAGAAGAUGCGAAUUUCGGUGGAUUGAUUCAGUUAGUGACGGAUACCUUUGAUGUAUUCGUUACUUCUAAAGACUUGCCGCUGAGCAAUCUGGAUGUUUUACAGUCUGAGUUUGUUUAUAAUAAAUGUGACCUUAAAGGUGAAUGA